UUGAUCGUCGAGGAGCAGCACAGCACAGCUGUGUAUUCGCUUUUCGAAAAUCCUCCUCUCGGCCUUGGUCGGCUCUUGACCUGUUGCCCCAUUGAUUCACAUUCAAAUACCGCCAUAGCCGAGCAAUGUCAUGGUUGGCUCGCUCAAUCGCCGACUCCCUCCGAAUCGACGACGACGGCGACGAUGAAGACCAAACCGACAACGACAACCACCACGCCGCACCAAUCGACCGGCACACCGAGAGCGAAGACGAAGAUGAAGAAGACGACGAUCGAGCAGGCCGUGGGGUUAGAGAGGAUCUAUCCGAAUUGAGGCAAACCCUAACUCGCCAACUAUGGGGCGUCGCCAAUUUUCUCGCACCGCCUCCGCCGCCGCCGCCGCCUCGUCCGGCAACAGCGUCCCGCCCCAUCCAUCGACUGGUUUCCGACCGCGUCCGGCAGGAGCCGUCGGAUCAGUCAUGUUCCGGCGAGGAUGGCCUGGGUUCAGUGGGAAUUUCCCGACCUCCUGGAUCAGACAGAGAUGGAUCUAUGACUGGAUUUUCCGAUCGGUCAACUGAUCAAUUGGAAUCGGAAAUUUGGAUUACGGGUUCGAAUUUUCCGCGAUACGAAGAGGAGGAUGACGAUCCGAUCCGGGAUGCCGUUGGUAUUACCCAGGAGGUGUUAGCGUUCGCAAUGAAUAUCGCGCAUCAUCCAGAAACAUGGUUGGAUUUUCCUUUGGAGGAAGAAGACGACAUUGAUGAUUUUGAUUUGUCCGAUGCACAGCAUAAGCAUGUGUUGGCUAUUCAACAUCUGACCCGUAGGUUAGCUGCUCUCAGAAUUGAACUUUGCCCUGCUCACAUGAGUGAGAGCUACUUUUGGAAGGUUUAUUUUGUUCUCUUGCACUCCAGACUCAAUAAAUAUGAUGCUGAAAUCCUGUCCACACCCCAGGUUGAGGCUGCAAGGGCUAUGUGGAUGCAAGAACUACAAAAGCGAACCAAAAAGGAAACAGGCUGGCUUAGAAGGGGCAGUUCGUACCUAAGAGAUAGUGGUGAUGCAUGGCAGGAGAAAGUAGACGAUGCUGCAUCCGAUGAAGAUCCUGGAAACAUGUCGGUCCAGACAUUUGCUUUUGAACCUCCUACUUACUCUGUGACCAGAGAGUUUGAGAAGUACUCUGUUGCAAGUACAGAGGUCCACGUUGUCGACAAGUCUGUUAUUGAAGAGGAGCCAUUGACAAAGACGAAGGAUAAGGAUGUCGUGGCUGGUCCAUCCUUGAAAGCAGUAGUCCAGAAUUAUAAGGAUGACGAUGAAGAUGAGGAUGAUGAUUGGCUUAAAGAAGAUUCAGAUUUAGAUGGGUACGAUGGCACUGCGACCCUCUUGGGAGAUGAUGAAGAUGUGUCAUUCAGUGAUCUUGAAGCUGACGACGACUGCACGAUGCCUGUGAAAUCCAAUGUAGUCUCGACAGGUUCAGAGACACCGGCCAAAGCCUCAAGAAGUUAUAGCUCCGGCUAGCACGAGCACCACUGUUUUGUCAGGGAGUGAUUCACCACGCUAUUGGGGCCCGAGAAGCGUCUGACAUUUCUGUCAGUUGUAGCUUUGCAGUGGUGAUUCAGGGGGCUCCAUUUUUCAUGAUCUGUGGGCAACCCAAGUUGCCAGUGAAGGAAGGACAUGCUGCUUGGUUGCAUAGGUAUUAGAAUGGUAUGGAAUGGAGACAGCAUGCCAUGUAUAUCUGAGUUGGCUCGUUGGGGCAACCUCUAUUGUGAAAAGAGUGUGAAGAGUGGGUUACUUUUGAAGCCAAGGCUCAAGAGUAUCAGUUAGAAGAUUGAUAUUGAUUCUUUCUUUCUUUCUUUCUUCUUUUUGCUGUUUCCUCGAUUGUAAUUGAAGUUGGUGAAUAUUAUUCUCUGGCGUCUGGAGAAGAAAGGCUGCAUAGAGAGAGAAAUUUGCUUAAUUUAUUAUACAGAAAGUUGAUUCUCA